AUGUACGGUGAAUCUGACCCCCAUAGCAGCAAGCAAAACAAGCAGGAGGAGCAGCAGCAAGAGCAGCAGCAGCAGGAGUGCAACAACAAGCCCAGCAGCAACAGCAUCCGCACGAUCCCCAACAACAGAACCGUUUCCCCCUCACAUAACCAAUCAAAUAAGCAGCAGCAGCACCACCAGCAUCACCACAACCACCGCCACCAACAGCAGCACCAACAGCAGCAACAGCAGCAGCAGCAGCAGCAGCAGCAGCAGCAGCACCUGCGGCAAUAUUUCCUUAUAGAGCUGUAG